AUGAAAAUUAAAAUUACUCUAAUUUGUCAUUUAUUUGUUCAGCAUGGUGAGGCUGUUUAUUUUAACGCGACUCUCGCAGCUCGGUAUUCACGGGCUAAAUGGCGGGCUACACACGUGUGGAAAGAGGACGACCAGACUCUUCUUACCACAAUAAACGGAUUAAACGACCUUAAUUUAAUCGGUUCUGCUAGCCCAGUUUGCCUGGAUGGCAACAAAGAUGCUGCUGAUGCAAUGUCCACUAAAAACCUUGGGCUGGAUUGUAUGUUGCUACAGGAGCAGGUUAGUAAAUUCAGCAACUGUGACAAUGGAGACUUCUUUCACAAUAGACAUGAUCCCAUCACCUCUGCGGCUACUUGUCCUUCCGGCUCUCACCUGGCCUCAGGGCAAUUGCGUUGUCGCGCAAAUCGUCUCCUAUAUCCACCACCUGCGGGUCGUCGAACUUGGCACCCUGAUGGUAGAGAGUCGGUCACAGACGUCCUCUCUGGAUUUGAUCUUUCUACGAGUGGCAACGGCUCUGAGUUAAGACCUGGCUUAGAAGCUUUUGAUCUGGACCCCGAUAUGGACGAUCUAGAUGACCAAGGCCGUCGAAGCGCGCUUACCAUCGAUGACUUCGAUGACAUCCGAUUUUUCGAUGAUAGCGAUUACGAGGAUCGUCUUUCGCUUUUUAACCUGGCUAGUAACUACCUAAAAUUACAACCGGCCCCCGAUCAAGACCGCUUGGGCGGCAACCUGCGACUUGUUCCCACUUCUAUAGCUUCCAGGGCUGGCUCGUCACUGAUGGAGAAGGCUACCAGACUGCCUGAUUUACGAAUGACACGACAGCCAAGGUUACUCUGUGAUACAGGAGGCGCAUUACAUGACAUUGAAGUUUUGCAUCCAGAGGAGGAAGAUGCAGACGAAGUGGCAGAAGAUGUUAUUGAAGAAGAAAAUAAGUCAACAUUAACAGAGGUAUCAAGCAAUUAUGAUCUACAUCUAUCUAAAGAUCUUGUUGGACAGAAACAUAUCUUUGACAGAGGUCGUUUUGAAGCCUUAGCUUCCAUUCAUUCUGAAUUUUAUGGGAAUCAAGUCGACAACUCGGAUCAAUCCUCGGUGCAGGUAGCUUCUGAAGAGCACAACUCUCCUGUUAAACGCCCUCAACAAUUAGGUGACCAGACUUUGAGCUCUCGAACUAUGGCCAUUCAGACUGAGUACACUGGCCCGAUCAUAAAAGGGACUAGGUAUCUGGGCAAUCUUUUCGAAAUUGCUAGGGGGCCCAUUAAGAUUGCUGAUAAAAGUGCGCAGGUAAAUAAAGUGGAUGAGAAGAUCAAGAAUCACAAACAAUUCAAAGCAAAUGAUCUUAGGCUUGCAUUUGGACUGGCCGAGUUGGUUGAGGCGGACAGAUCCUUAAGUAAUGCUGAAGUCAAAGGGGUACCCAAAGCUCCCAAUGUGCUUUUGCCCCGUUCGAAUGGGGAUGGAGCUGCCGCAAACAUAGCUGAUGUCCGAGAUGUCCUUUAA